UGUUUUGUCUUGUUCCUCUACACGUGCAAGCAUCCUGCAUCCAGCACCAACAAACCAUUCCAACUCGAACGAACUGACCGAUCUAACGUGAAGCCUUGAAGGUAAAAAUGGAGGAAGGACAGAGAAUUCUAGCUCAGUUUGUGAGCGAGAAAGGAGAGGCUACUGGAGCACCUUUUGACCUUCCUCUGGAUGUAUCUACAGAAAAACUGCAAUUGAUUUGUAAUGCCAUCCUGCAACAGGAAGACACAGUGCCUUAUGCAUUUUACGUAGAUGAGAAGGAGAUCACAUCAACGCUGUCGGAAAGCUUAAGUAAGGAGGAUCAGGAAACCGAACAAGUGCUUUCGAUAGUCUACCAGCCUCAGGCUUUGUUCAAAGUGAGAGCAGUGACCCGUUGUACAAGUACCAUAGAAGGUCAUGCAGAGGCUGUGAUAUCUGUAGCAUUCAGCCCAGAUGGAAGGUAUUUGGCAAGUGGCUCUGGAGACACAACUGUACGAUUCUGGGACGUGACAACCGAAACACCACACCACACCUGUAAAGGACAUAAGCAUUGGGUGCUGUGUAUAGCUUGGUCUCCUGAUGGUAAACGGCUAGCUUCAGGCUGUAAGAAUUCUCAGAUAAUAAUUUGGAAUCCGGAAACCGGUAAACAAGAAGGAAAAGUAUUGACUGGACAUAAACAGUGGAUAACAUGGUUAGCAUGGCAACCAUUUCAUCUUAAUCAUGAGUGUAGAUUACUUGCAUCAGCAUCCAAGGAUGGAAAUAUAAAAAUUUGGGAUGUUGUGCGAGGUUGUUGCUUGAGAACGCUGUCUGGCCAUCUCCAGUCGGUAACAUGCAUUCGAUGGGGUGGGACUGAUCUCAUCUACUCAGCUAGUCAAGAUAGAACAGUCAAAGUAUGGAGAGCUGCUGAUGGUAUCUUGUGUAGGACGUUACAAGGUCAUGGCCAUUGGGUGAAUACAAUGGCUCUAAGUACAGACUAUGUAUUACGUACUAGCUGGUUUGAUCCCAUGCAAGCGACCAUCAAUCAUCAACGCAUCGACCAGUCAGCUGAAGAACUAUCCAAGAUUGCCAAGGAUAGAUAUGACACUGUCAAGGGAUCUGAUCCAGAGCGACUAGUGACAGGCUCAGAUGACUUCACAUUGUUUCUAUGGCAACCAGAGAAAGAGAAAACGUCUGUUGCUAGGAUGACGGGUCACAUGCAACUCGUUAAUGAUGUAGCCUUUUCUCCAGACACUCGGCUUGUGGCUAGUGCAUCAUUUGACAAGUCCAUCAAGUUAUGGAAUGGUCAUACUGGCAAGUUCUUAACAACUCUGAGAGGGCAUGUGAGUAAAGUAUAUCAGGUAUCAUGGUCCUCUGACAGUCGAUUACUCUGUAGUGGUAGCUCCGACAGUACUCUGAAGGUAUGGGAUGUUGCAAGUAAAGCAAUUAAAGGUGAUCUACCUGGCCAUGCUGAUGAGGUGUAUGCUGUGGACUGGAGUCCUGAUGGACAGAGGGUAGCUAGCGGUGGAAAGGAUAAAGUCCUCAAGAUAUGGAGGAGAUAGCAUUGGCUAUGCUUAACAAGAAGUAAGUUCUGCGCUUCAGUAGCCAUGACACCAUUAACAGGACUGAUACUGCUCUAUCAACGAAGAAUAGUGUGAGUUACCAGUCUGAGCUAGAGAGAAUGAGACAACGUUAAAGACUAUACCCUUGACUAACAUCUCAGUGGUUGUGACCAACAGAGCAUGUCACUACUGAUAGGUCUGUCGUUGAUAUAGAUAUACUGGUUGAUAUCUGUAAGCAUAUCCAAUGUGCUCUAGUAUACUAUGUAGCCAGGAACAGUGCCAGGGUACUUAGAUAGGAGGGGGGGGAGGGAGAAG